ACAAAUACUCCUUUAAACUCCUCCUUGACAAGUGUUCUAUUCUGCCUUUCUCGCCUUUUUAUUACCCUUCUUUGUUUGCUCCCUUCAUUAGCCACAUCGAAUAUAUGCUGAUGAAACCCAUUUAAAAACCAAUCUUGAAGGUGCUUCUUCUUCAAUUCUCAUUACGAAAAAAAAAAAAAAUUACCAAAGAAAAUGGGUCGUUUUUCAACUUCAACUAUCCUGUUCCUUACAGUUCUGCAUGUUCUAUUCUUACAUGCACAUUCAACUACACACUGGCAAGAUAUUGAAGUCUUGAAACAGCUCAAAAACAGCGUCGACCCAAACUCAAUGACACCUGGUUCAUGCCUCAUUUCUUGGGAUUUCUCUGUAGACCCUUGUGAUAAUCUCUUAGGUGAAAAAUUCACUUGUGGUCUUCGUUGUGACAUAGUUAUUUCCAAUGUUAGCCGAGUCACUGAACUCGCUCUUGACCAAGCAAAUUACUCUGGCACACUCACUUCUGUUUCUUGGAAUUUACCUUAUCUCCAAAGCUUAGACUUAACAAAUAAUGUCUUCACUGGAUCAGUACCUGAGUCACUAUCAAAUCUAACCCGUGUACAAAGACUAGGGUUAUCAGGUAACUCUCUAUCCGGGUCAAUUCCUAGUUCACUUGGUUCACUUUCAAAUCUUGAAGAACUUUACCUUGACAACAAUUUCCUCGAGGGAACAAUUCCGUUAAGUUUCAACGGUCUCAAGAGUUUAAAAAGACUCGAACUUCAAAACAACAAGCUUAAUGGUGAGUUUCCUGAGUUGGGUCAGUUAAAUAACUUGACUUUCAUUGAUGCUAGUGAUAAUUCCAUCUCCGGUCAACUUCCGGCGAGUUUUCCGGCAUCUCUUAUUGAGAUUGUUAUGAGAAAUAACACUAUAGAAGGUAACAUUCCGGUGAGUUUAACGGGACUUAAUUACCUACAAGUUAUUGAUCUGAGUUAUAAUAAACUCAGUGGGUGGAUCCCAGCGAGUUUGUUCACUCACACUUCACUCGAACAGGUCACAUUUUCGGGUAACCAAUUCGGGUCGGUUCAAGAACCGGGUAGCUCAUUUCAGAGCAGUCAGUUGAUUGCAUUAGACUUGAGUAAUAAUGAGAUCCAUGGAUUAUUACCCGGGUUUCUUGGUUUAAUGCCUAGAUUAUCAUCAUUAUCAUUAGAGAAUAACAAGUUAUCAGGUAUGAUACCAACCCAAUAUGCAUUGAAAAUGGUGUUUCCUGAUCAAGGGGUGUCACAAUUUGAGAGGUUAUUGUUAGGUGGAAAUUAUUUAUUCGGACCUAUACCGGGUCCAUUGUUGGAUCUGAAACCGGGUUCGGUAACAGUGAGAUUAGGAGAUAAUUGUUUGUAUCGGUGUCCGUUGAGAUUAUUUUUAUGUGAAGGUGGGGAACAGAAAUCAUUAUCGGAGUGUCAGGCUUUUGGUCCCAUCAUUCCUUGAGUAGUGUGACAAUGUCGUAACUUCGAGGUCUUCAUUUUUUUUCUUUUGUAUUAAGUAUUUUUAUUGUUUAUUGUAUAAAUAUAUUUUUGUAUUUUUCUCUCUGGAUUUUUCUCCAACCUUACCCCUUCACAUGGGGUUUUAGAUAUGGUCUAUAGAUGGAUCUAUGGUAUUUCUCUAGGUUGUAGCUUAUGGAUGUUCUUAUUUUUGUGAAGAGUGACUGAGUGAGAAAGAAAUAAAGAUUUCGUGCAUGAGAAAUAUGUUCUGUAGUGACUCGUGAAGUAGUAAUAGUGGGACAACUGAGGAAAUUCUAUUUGCCAAUAAAGGCAGAUUCUGAAUUUAAGUUAUGGUUGUUAA